AUGCCCGAUAGAUUCUCACUUUAUUUCGGGAGAGAGACGCCAACGCGAUGGCAAAUAUGCAUGCAGCCGCGAUACCACCUAGCUGUCCUGGAAAUCUCGCUCUGGGAGAACGCGAGAGGAUGA